AUGACGACGAUAAAUACGCCGAGAUACUCAACCUCGCGGCAAAAAGCCUGCCGUCAAUGUUCCGCCGCCAAGGCGCGCUGCCAGCGCCGACCAGACAAUGUACGUUGUGCUAGAUGCGCGCAGCGUGGCGUGCCUUGCUCCUAUGCUCUCUAUCAGCCAUCGAGGCAGUCAGAACACCAAAGUCUAGACAAUACAGGAGCAAUACCAGCAAGUCCGUUCUCCAUGACGGAAUUGUCGUUCCCAAGUCCCGAACGUUUGCUGGAAAGUGCGCACUAUGGCGGGGAGGCUCGGCCACAAGCGCAUGCCCCAAAUUCUCCGAGCACGACAAUCUCGACAACAUUCUCCUCGGAUCAGGCAAGGAGUAUGACAAUUGCUACGUUGCCGGCUACUUGUAGUGAAGCCGCCGAAGAUCUCGAUUUUUCAACCCUCAAUCUCCUGUGCCCAAUCAACGCUGAGGAUAUCCAGAACCGCUGGAUCCAGACCUAUAUUCCAGUCCCCGGGCAGACUGUCAAGAACUAUCCAAAGGGAGUGGCGAAGUUUAUCUACCGGACACUCAAGUCCUAUGCAGCCUCCGCGGUGCACGGUCGAGGCAUUCUUCCCUUCCUCCACCCAAGGCAGCUGGCCGGACGACUGGCGGAUUCGCCGUUAACGACGUGCCUGAGCCUUGUGCGUGUAUGUGCGAAUCAAAUACCUGGGAGCCAGAACGCUACAGCUGGGAUCCUACAGCGAGAGAUGGACGCCGUGUAUGAGUCUCGCAGCAUGUACAACCCAAAGGCACUAUUCGCCGCGUUCCAGGCAUACCUCAUAUAUACCAUGGUCAUGUUCUUCCAACUAAGUCAGGACAGCGAGCGCCAGUUCCGUGAUAUUGUGACGAAACUGCAAGAGCUAGCAUGCGCGUCUGCACGAGAUGGACUUAUCUGUGCGGCCGAUCAGCAGCGCGUGCGGCCACGAUGGGAAGAGUGGAUUGUCGCCGAGGCAAAGCGGCGCACGUUGUAUGUCAUGUACCUAUUUGACAGCAUCCUUGCAACGGAAGAAGGACUGCCGACAUUUCUCGGGGUCGAACUGCACGGAUUGCCGGCGCCGGCAAAUAAGCUCCUAUGGCAGGCGGGCAGUCGAUACGAGUGGGAGAGGGAGUACAACAUCCACCUGGCACAUUGGAUGGAGGGGAGUUUGACCAUUGACGAGCUAUGGCCGAGGCCUGCGGAUUUUAAUGAGAGCGAUGUUGCACGGAGAGGUGCACGAGUCGAUCGCUGGUUGGAGAAUUUGGAUGAAUAUGGGACUAUGCUCUACGCGAUCAUGCAGUGCACUCAUGGUUAA